CUCCCUCAUUCCGGUCCUGCUGUGUGAGGAUGCUGAGGGAGACCCAGCAGAAAGCAAGCCUCCUCUCCACCUGCGACCUGGCAGGAAGCCUGGAUGUGUUCUCCGCCCCCCCGCCCACCCCAGUGUUCUGGCCCCUUCCACUUGCAGCAUCCCACUGGGGCCCUACCUCAGUGCAGCCUCCUCUGACUGAGGCGGGGCACGUCCAAGCCUGGGCUCCAUGUGUGCCAGGGCCUCGUGGUGCAGGGACAGCCGGCUGUGACACCUUCAAGGAUGCUGGUUAGACAUCAGGAAACCCAGGACCUAGUGCGUCUCUGGCACACGCUUGCUGUGACCCCCUGGGCCUCAGUUUCCCCCGGAAGUUAAGGGGAGUUGAUCUGCUGAGCUUCCAGCCCUAACAUUCCAUAAAUCCGUGACCUGGAGCGUUUUCCAUGUGCUCAGCAGAACUGUGAUGUUGUGGAGGGCAGAACUCACUGCCUCUUUCUGCUCAGAGGAGAUUGUGGACACGUCGUGGACCUCCUGGAUGACACUGGGACAGUUUGUGAGGCACCAAAAGACAGUACUCCCCGCAGCGUCAACUCUUCCAAUCAGGGUCAUCCCUGCAAACUCCCCAGGAGGCAGGGAGGGGGCACCAGCGGCCAACCCCGCCCUGGGGAUGGGAGGACCUCAACUCAGGGCUCCUGCCCCAAGCACAGAGUAGGGAAACGGCAUGUCCUCAGACUCGACUAGAAGGGUCUCAGUGCCGACCCUUCCCCUGCUUAGCCUGGAAGGAAUCCUUAGACUUUUCCACCAGCUGCAGAGUGGCAGAUGUUUUAAAACAAUUUGGUCCCAACUGAUAAAAUCACAGAUUUUACAUGCUGUGACACAUUUCUCCAUCCUGGCCUUUGCUGACACCACAGGGAGGUGCUGGAGGCCGUGUGUGUGUGUGUGUGUGUGUGUGUGUGAGAGAGAGAGAGAGAGACACCCACAAUCUGGAGAAACUGAGGCCCGGAGAAACUCAUGUCUACAGCUGAGGGAAGGAAGUCUUGUUUCACAGCAAAGAACGUGUCCCUGGAGGGUAAAUAGGCUUGGGUCGGGCUUGGCUCCGUCGCGGACAGCCUGCCGGGUUCUUGAGCAAGUGCACAGCCUCCUAGGGCCUCGUUUCCUUCUCUGCAAAAUAGGGAUGAAAAUCGUCCCUGCUCCCCAGGGUUGCGGGGAGCUGCUCAGCCCCAUGCGCCGCUGAGAGGGGCCGUGGGCAUCCCACAACCCCCGAACUGGAUCCGCGGGUCUGGCCCUGGGAGCUCAAGACUCUCCUCUUCCUCGCACAGACUCCUUCUCGCCUGUGAAUGAGCAGACAGGAUGAUGAAUGAGGUGAAAGAAUCCCUUCGAAGUGUGGAGCAGAAGUACUGGCUCUUCCAGCAGCAGCAGUUCACCUUCAUCGCUGCCCUGGAGCACUGCAGGGAGAAUGCCCACGACAAGAUCCGGCCCGUCUCCAGCAUCGGGCAGGUGCAGAGCUACACGGAGCACCACUGCGGCAACUCCACAGACCGGCGUGUCCUGCUCAUGUUCCUGGACAUCUGCACAGAGCUCGGCAAGCUGUGCCAGCACUUCGAGGCCCUGCACUCGGGCACCCCCGUCACCAACGACCUCCUCGAGAAGUGCAAGACCCUCGUUAGCCAAAGCAACGACUUAAGCAGCCUGCGAGCAAAGUACCCUCACGACAUGGUGAACCACCUCAGCUGCCACGAGGCCGGGAACCACUAUGGAGGCGUGGUCAGCCUCAUCCCCACUGUCCUAGACUUGAUGAAAGAAUGGGUCGCCCACUCGGAGAAGCUGCCCCGCGAAGCGCGGCAGCGCGUGAGUGAGCCCCAGGCAGCCACCAGGGCAGCCGCUCGUGCUCCCCAGGCCACAGGCACCCAGCCUCGGGUAAGAAAAGACAAGUGUGGGCAACCGACACAAGACAGCCUCAAACCUAGGGGGAAAAACAAAGAAUGUUCAAAACCACCCUGGAGACCACCUGGUGGGAAACUAACUCAGCCGGUGACCUGCUAGAUCCCAAUCCCAUCCUGUCCCAUCCCGUCCCGUGGGGCACUUUGCUACUAAGCUUGGUUUCCACUAGUUGAUCCAUUUUCACCGGUGCCCACAGUCUUUGCCCCUUAUUAACCCCCAAGGGGACCGCCCCAUGUAUGUCUGAGAACCUCUCUCCCUCUCGUGCUUUAACUUCUAACUUUUCCUCGCCUCCGAGCGUCAGGCUCCGUGCUGAUGAAGAGGGCCGUCACUUAGUGUUGCUGGUAGAGGGUGUCCCGGGGAGGCUGGGAAAGGGCUAGGGCACCGACUGUGCCGCCCAGGCCCAGCUUUCCCAGCUGAGCCGCUCAGCUGGAGGCGGCCGCUCAGCUCCCUUCCCGCCGCGGCGGCAGCCAUGGGCGAGACGCCACUCUCUGCAAGACAGAGCUGCUCCCGCCUCCCGGGGUGCUGAGGGCAGCUCGCUGCACUGCUCAGUGUGAUCAGGUCUCUGCACCAAAGCCCAAGGGGGAACGAACCCGCCUUGCCUCUCCUUUACUUGGGAGGGAGGCUGAGAGAAGCCGGAAGAAUUGACUUUGCGGCUCCCGUCCGCGGACAGUUACCUGGUUUCUACAACAUAAUUGAGGCCCAGACGUUGUAAAAUGCGUCACUGGCUUCCGAGCUUGCCAGAAGUAUUGUCUGACUGUUGGUUUUUGCCUUCACAGGGGGCGACUUAGCUUCUGUAUUCUUGCUUCCUCGGGGGCGAUGGUCAAGAAUAAAAAGUG